AUGAUCACCAGAAAGUCCAGAAAGAGUGCUCCCACAGUCCUCCUGGUCAGCAUCUGUGUGUGUAUGACCAUCUUUUACUUCCUCUUCCUGUUUGGAAUGAAUAACCCCAACGCCAGUUUAGACCGGGACAUCAGAGCGUCAGAGGAAAACACCAUCCCGUCCUCUGACCUCCACCAGGAGCCUGACAAAGGGCCCUGCACUGCACUCACUGCCCUGAUGCAGUACUUCCUGUUAGCCACCUUCACCUGGAACACACUCUACGCUGGGCACAUAUUCGUACUCAUCAGAAAAACCCUCUCAGGUCCACCUAGAGGAUUCCUGGCGGUGUCCAUAGCUAUAGGCUGGGGAUUCCCUGCUGUUGUGAUUGCAAUCACACUGGGAGUGUCUUACAGAGUGGAUGAUCCUUUGGGCUAUCGACGAGAAGAGUUCUGUUGGCUUGCGGCUCUGAACCAAGAUGGGGAGUUUGACUUCGGAAAGCCACUUUUUUGGGGCUUUUUGCUUCCAGUAGCUAUUAUGCUGCUUUUGAAUGCUGCAGUGUUAAUAUACUUUGGAAUUUCUACAUGCAAGAAGGAUCCCAUGUUAAGCAGGUAA